GAGUCUCUUUCUUCCGUUCAUUCAGAGAGUUCAUGCAGCCGAGCAUCAUCUUUGAGGAGACAGAGAUGCUUUGCCAACUUUCUGAGAAGCGAAACACGCGAAGGAACACAUGCGGCUGGGAAUCUGCAAUCCUAGUUCGAUGGAUCCAAAAACGUGCUGGCUCAUGUUACAAGAUUGGAACUAGAGAGCAUAAAAGUUCUGACAGUGAGCUUCGAAUGAGCACAAGUUCGUUCGUAUGAACACAGUUGUCAGAAAGAGCGUCAACUGGCCCAACAAGUGGGAACAAGAAAACUGGCGUAAGAUGCGGAAGACAUACAGGCCAAGACAACAUUCAGGAACAGGACAACGUUUUCUGAACCUGGUCCUUGACGCAGCUCCUUCGUGCUGACUGCACACUGAACACCCAGAAGAGGGCGAGAAUCCCUCGAGGCCAUCCGAAUAACUGGUUGGAGAAAUCCAUGGUCCUCGACUCCAGAAGUGAUAGCAAGGGAUCCAUGCUAACUUCAUGGACAUUGCGCCACCACUACGCAAAGUCUUCUGUUCGUGGAAAUACGGCCUUCCUCAAAGGCCCAGAACUUGUGGAUUGAAUGUCAAAGAUCGGGUGUGUCGUUCGGCUGAGCGUUUCUGAGGAAUUUUGACAAGCAACAUAGAUAAAACCGAUGGCAAUUCAAAACUGGGCAUCACCCAGGCUGGUGGUGGCGGCAUGUUGCUUGUUCUCUACCAUGGUCUUUGUCUCCUGCGCGAGAGCUGACGCUGCGAUCAGUCCUCAUCUUCUGUCAUCGCGCAGGCUGAAUGGUAUGGUCACAACUGAUGGAAGGAUGGGUGAAAUGCAGUGGUGGGCAAAUUUCACGAGCAGCAUUACUCGUCCGGAUGAAGGAGAAGAUUCUCACUGGCCCGAACUCCAGCUCAACCCUCGUUCGGUAGCGGCCAUUAUACUAGGGGGAAUUGGUGCCAGUCUCUGUACGGCUGCAGGCCUAGGUGGUGGAGGUCUCUUCGUGCCUCUCUUCAAUCUUUUGCUGCAGUUCGAUUCUAAAACUUCGGCAGCCCUGUCCAACUUCAUGAUUGUAGGGGGGCAGUCUAUAACUUUGCUCAUGAAUCUGGCUCGAACUCACCCCGAUCAUCCAGGAAAACCUCUUAUAGACUUCGAUGCAGCUCUUCUCCUUCAGCCGAAUCUACUUCUGGGAAUUAGCGUGGGAGUAAUCCUGAACUUCAUGUUCCCGAAUUGGAUCAUUACUCUAUUGCUGAUUUUGAUGCUCACUUACUUGACCGUGAACUCGUAUAGAAGUGGAGUGAAACGCUGGAACAAGGAGUCAGAGCAAUUGGCCUUGUCCAGUCGGACUGCAGGCACGAAGACUGUUGCACAGAGUCCAAAUACGUCUGGUGGACCAUCUGGUAGCCUCAGGGAACCUCUGCUCGAUCGCCACAGUACAUCCAGGUUUCCCACGAAGAAGAUUCUAGCUCUGGCGCUAGUGUGGCUGGCAUUUGGUGCCGUGCAAGUUCUAAGGGAAGGAAGAGGUGGACAGAGCAAGUGCGGUUUUGGCUACUGGCUACUCACUGCAACUCAAGUACCACUGGCGCUGAUCGUGACGUACUUUGUUCUCAAGAAUCAGCACUCUGCCGACACAUCUAAAAAUGCUUUACAGUCAGCGGACGAUGGUUUUGUGCUGACACCAGAAGCGAGCUCAUCGUUCACAAAGAUGUCGUUAUUAACAGGUAUCCUCGGAGGAAUGCUAGGAAUCGGAGGAGCUAUGAUCAUCAAUCCCAUGCUCAUGUCAGCCGGAAUGCACCCCCAGGUGACGGCAGCGACAUCAGGUUUUAUAGUCGUUUUUUCGGCCUCCAUGUCUGUGGUUCAGUAUUGGAUCAUGGGCCGUGUCCCAGUAAACUGGGCCCUCACUGCAGCAGCCUUAUCGGCACUAUUUUCUGCUGUGGGUAUUUUGGUUGUGCAACGAAUUCUUAAUAAGUACGGCAGAGCGUCCUUGAUCGUAUUUGUCGUGGCGUUUGUUAUCGGGAUCAGCGCUAUUCUUAUGGGUAGUCUUGGAGGUUUGCAUGUGUGGCAACAGUUCCAGUCUGGGGCUUACAUGGGUUUCCACUCUCCAUGCUAGAAGCUCUUUAAGUUUACCAUUUCCAGGCUGUGAUCAAGAAAAUCUACACAACUGCCUGUCUGGUCCAAAGAAUUCAGACUACAAUCAAAAUUUCGAGAACCAUUACAUCAACUUUAUGAAUCUCAGAAUUUCAUCGCAAGUGUUACUAUAACCUCAGGUUUUACAGCUGAAGUAUCAAAGCUAGUUCAAGUUCAUGGAAGGUGAUUGGAGUCUUCAGCUUUAUCCUUUGGAUAAGUCACGUCUCGCAGCUCCUGACAUUAUUGUUUGGAAGCAAUUGUUUUUCCUGAAAGCCUGCUGUGAAUAUAGAGAUAACUUCAUGGUCAGUCCUAAUUUUCGCUGAAGAUACUGCCUUGAGGAGCAGGUUUAUGGUGCAGUUUCUAAGGCUCCUUCAGUCCUUGCAAGUUAUAAAUUGGGGCCAAACCUGGAAAGCUCGAAACCAACUGGGAACUAACGUUUACAAAAUCUUCUGACAAGUGUUCAUGAGCUCCAUUCGU